AUGCGAACAUGUAAUUAUUAUAUAUUGAGGUUUAUAUCGCUAACGAUUCUUGGAAUUGUUAUAAAUGAUUGUUUGAUUAGUGCUUCUUUGAAUAAUAGAAAUGACAAUAAAGAUACUAAUGAGCUGACGACUACUCAAUGGGCGGACAAGAUUGGUAUAAAAGCCAAGCAAGCUGUGAAAAAAAUUGGAGCCGUUAUGAAAGCUGAAGAUUCAAUUUUAGAAUGUAAGGGAACAAAGUAA